AUGAACAACCCAGCUCCCAUGAUGGGAUAUUCUGGGCUGGCUGGACAGCAAAAUGCAGUCCAGCCCGCAAUCCCGUCUGUUAUCGGCACUCCCGGAACAAUGCACCAACAACUGCACAUGCAACAGCCACACAUGCAAAACCCCCAGCAGGCUCAGAACGCGCAGGUUCAACAGCCAUUGCCUCCAGGACUGGUAAACGGGGGUCAACCUAUCAUGGGCCUUACGAACAGCGCUGGCGCAGGCGUGGCAAACGUCACCAGCAAUGCGGGGAACCCGCUUUACCACCCGCACCAGGGAGAUCCAGCUUUGCUUAACAACCCGAUAUGGAAGCUGCAAUUGCAGCUGGCAGCAGUCUCGCGACAAUCAGCGGGGCGGGCAAAUGUGUAUGCGAGGCAGAGCGCCAUGCGUAAGUAUUUGCUAAACAAAAACCAAGGCGCCGCUGGAACCUUGAACGAGAUGUCUGCUUCCCUUGUAGACCAUACAAAACAGCUACUGCUAGAUAUGGCCGGCGAGCCUGCAGGAUCUCUCAACAAUACCAGUUCUAGCGCAGCAUCUACUCCAAUCACCCCAAACGCCGAAUUGAGCAAUGGCAAUCCGACAACUCCCUCGUUACUGCUACAACACAAGAAGUUGUCGCAGUAUAACAUAGAUGAAGACGAUGAAAUUGAACAUAGAAUGGUAGCUCCUACAGAUACAAAGCACGACGACCAGCUUUGGCAUGCCUUGGACCUCUCCAACUUACAAGUGUUCAAUCUCACAGAAAGCCUAUUCAAGUACGAAUUUCUCACGAGGCUUUACUUGAAUGGUAAUAAUCUGACAACGUUGCCUAAGUCAGUGAAAGCAUUGACAAAUCUACGCGUGCUUGACGUGUCACACAACAAGCUCACAGAGCUUCCAGCAGAGCUAGGGCUGUGCCACCAGCUGAAAUACCUUUAUUUCUUUGACAACAUGGUUUCUUCUUUGCCGUGGGAGUUUGGGAAUCUUUUCAACUUACAGUUCCUCGGGCUCGAAGGCAACCCAAUGGAUAGACAAAUCAUCAAGAUAUUGACCGAGAAAUCCGUGACUGGGCUUAUUUUCUACCUUAGAGAUAAUGCUCCAGAGAUACCUCUGCCCACGGAGCGAAAGUUCAUUGACAUCAAUAUCGACGGGGAAGCGACUCAAGAGUGUUCUUCUCUUCAAGAAUCUGACGCUCAUCAAAGCCGUGAAACAUUGAAGAAGUCUUUUACUAUUCUGUCUUACAAUACUUUGUGCCAGCAUUAUGCCACCCCUAAGAUGUACCGCUUUACCCCAUCCUGGGCAUUAAGCUGGGAAUACAGACGCGAGAAACUCAAGGAACAAAUACUGUCUUAUAAUACCGACAUAGUUUGUCUGCAGGAGGUUGAGUGCAAGACAUACGAAGAUUUUUGGGCUCCUUUGCUUCGUGAAAAGGGUUACUCGGGCAUUUUCCACACUAAAACAAGAGCACGCACAAUGCACAGCAAGGAUUCUAAGAAAGUUGAUGGGUGCUGCUUCUUUUACAAAGACUCAGAAUUCAAGCUUAUGUUCAAAGAGGCUGUUGACUUUAGCAGUGUGUGGAUGAAGCAUAAGAAGUUCCAGAGGACAGAAGAUUAUCUAAAUCGUGCCAUGAACAAAGAUAAUGUGGCAUUGGUAGUCAAGCUGCAGCACAUCAAGAGCGGGGAACACGUCUGGGCUGCCACUACUCAUCUCCACUGGGAUCCGCAGUUUAACGACGUUAAGACCUUUCAGGUAGGAGUGUUGCUGGAUUACAUGGAGAAAGUAAUCAAGGAGCAAAACAACUGCAACAACACCCAAGAACUCAAAAAGGUGCCGGUCGUUAUUUGCGGCGACUUCAACUCUCAAACAAACUCUGCGGUUUAUGAGCUGCUCAACACUGGGAACGUUAGCAAACACCGGGAUAUCGAGGGCAGGGACUUCGGAUAUAUGUCUCAAAAGAACUACGCUCACAACUUGCCUCUGAAAUCGAGUUAUGACAGUAUCGGGGAAUUGCCUUUCACUAACUUAACGCCAACAUUCACCGACGUUAUUGACUACAUAUGGUACUCAUCGCAAGGCCUGCGCGUGCGGGGUCUCUUAGGCGAAAUUGACCCUGAAUACGCGUCCAAGUUCAUUGGUUUCCCUAACGACAAGUUUCCAAGUGAUCACAUUCCACUGAUUACUCGAUUCGAAUUCACUAAGGGCGGUGGCAGUAGGAAGGCGUAA